AUGCCCUCUCUUGUGGUUAACAGUGACGGCGUAGAGCUGUACUAUUAUGACAGCGGUGUCCCCAAGACCACAGAAUCCACCGCUCCUUAUAUGACACUCUUCGUCGUACAUGGCUUGGGAUUCAACGGUCGGCUCUACAAGAGAGUGCAGGCACUCGGUCUUGAAGCCGGCCUGCGCAUCGUAGCUAUCAAUCGCCGCGGCUAUGCGCCCUCGACACCCUUCGCCCCAGCUGACCUCGCCGUUCUAGCCACGGGUGGCACAGAGGAGGUGAAAGAGGCAUUCCUCACCGCCCGCGGCAUCGAGGUCGCCAACUUCAUCGACGCCUUCAUACUACAGCACGACAUUCCGCCGAUUUCCGAGGAUGGCAAGGGAGGUGGUGUGGGCCUCCUUGGGUGGUCCGCUGGUAACACCGUGACGCUCUCUGCCAUUGCUAACUUGGACAAGCUGCCCUCCGAGGUGCAGUCCCGCCUCGCGAGGUACCUCCGGGCUUUAAUAAUAGAUGAGCCACCAUCCAUGGCCAUCGGCUUCCCCUUAACGGAAGGAUGCUGGCUCUCGUUUCCCGAUCCCACAAUCCCUGACCGCGAGAAAAACCUCUUCCACUGCUCGUGGGCCACCGCCUAUUUCAAUCACGGCGACUUGUCGAAGCGCGACCCGAAACUCCUGUCGCUCGCCGCACCCAGCCUAUUCCGCCGGCCCACGAUAUACAGCAUGACCAUGGAGGACAUCGCAGAGCUCAUUGACGACAGCGUAUUUGAGGGUCCGAAUUUAUUCCUGUCGAUGCCGCAGCAUCUGGUGGCUUUCCGCAAGGCGUGCCUUGAUCGUGCGACGAGGGCGGGGGUGCCGAAGAUGAGAGUCUGGGCAGUGGUUGGGGAUUCUACCCUUUCAACUUGUAUCCUGGCGUGGUGGACAAUGCAGGAUGAGGACGCCGCCCAUGGUGGGGGCUUCGUCAAUUUCAAGAUGACAGAGGGUGUAAACCACCUAAUACACUGGGAUGACCCCAGCAAGGCAUUGGCGAUUUAUCUCGAGGCUAUGGUAUAG